CCUCCCCUCCAAUGUCCUCCCAAUGGACGCUCCAUAAACGUGUAAUCCGCCUUAAUAAGUCAUUCAGUUCUACUUUCGUUCUAAAAUUCGUAUGAAUGAAUCUAUUUCAUCUUUUGUGAAUAUCUGAAAGCCAAAGGAAUCAAUUUGAACCGGUGUGAAGGCCAUACGCUGCUGAAAAAUAGUGGAAAUAUUAACCUCAAAGUAGACAUGUUAUUGUGAUUGUUUUGUGGUGAACUUCUGAUUAACUUCAACAUCAUCUUGAAACUUUUUGAAGACUGAAUUUUAUUCCGAGAAUAUGAGUGUGACAAGGAAUAACGGUGGAACGACAGGUGAUGGUCUUGAGGACCUCGGGAUACCUGGACCGGUGUUUCUCAGAGAUGCUUUAACCAGCUGUACAGAUCCUCUCAAAGCAAUUGAAGAAUUUCAACUUGAGAAUGGAGUGUUAUUACCUUCCCUACGGCCAAUGUUGCCUUUGUUAGACCUCCACGGGGUUCGACGGCUGGAUUUUCACGCAUCCGUCCUGGAGGAACUUCGUGAGAAGUUGGUAAAAAGGAUUAACGAAAUUGGAGCUGAAAUAACGCCUGACAAGCCCAAUGGAGAUAAGAGGUUAAAGGACAUGUUAUCGAAGAGCUUCGCUGCUGUACGAGUGCCAGCACUUCGCCCUGUGGUCAUGUGUAUCCUCAGAAAUACACCUCAUAUCGAUGAUAAGUACCUGAGGGUGCUCGUAAGGGAGAAGGAACUCUACAACAGUGCCGAUACUGAAGUGAAACGACAAAUUUGGAAGGACAAUCAGAGUUUGUUUGGGGAUGAAGUUUCACCUUUGUUUAGUAAAUAUAUUAUUGAGAAGGAGCAGGUCCUCUUCGAUCAUCUGAACUUGAAUAGUUUGUUCUUCUCGCCUUCACCUAAGGUGAGAAGACAGGGGGAAGUAGUGCAAAAACUCGCGCAUAUGAUUGGACACAGUGUUAAGUUAUACGAUAUGGUGCUGCAGUUUUUGAGAACUCUCUUCCUCAGGACAAAGAAUAUUCAUUAUUGCACAUUGAGGGCUGAAUUACUCAUGGCGUUACAUGACCUGGAAGUACAGAGCAUUAUUUCUGUUGAUCCCUGUCACAAAUUCACGUGGUGUCUUGAUGCCUGUAUACGAGAAAAGAACGUGGAUAUUAAGAGGUCUAGAGAGCUACAGGGAUUUCUUGACAGUAUAAAGAGAGGACAAGAGCAAGUGCUGGGUGAUCUCAGCAUGACCCUGUGCGAUCCGUAUGCUGUGAACUUCUUGGCUAGCAGUGCAAUCAAAAUAGCAUUGCACUUGAUAAAUGGUGAAUCAUUACCAAGGGAAAACGCCGUACUAGUUCUCCUGCUUCGAAUGUUGGCACUGGGACUAUCAGCAUGGCAUAUGAUUGAUUCGCAGGACUUCAAAGAGCCCAAACUCGACAGCCAAGUUGUGACUAAAUUUCUUCCAGCACUGAUGUCAUUGAUGGUAGACGAUCAAAUAAGACAAUUGAAUUGCAAACUGCCUCCUGAUGAGCGUGAAAGUGCAAUUGCCAUAAUUGAACACUCGGGACCUCCUCCAGACGCCUGUCAAGCCUACUCCCAGCUGUCAGGAGUAGCUGCAGUCCUUUCAAUGUACUACACAUUACAUGUGGGAGGAGGUACAGUAGCAGGAGGUGCCAGUGCAGCUGGUGUAUCAGCAGUUAGUGGAAGCAGUUUAGGUUUGGGAAAGUCUCGUGGUGAUGCUCGUGGCCUCAUGAGAGUCUUGGCAACUCUGCCAAACUGCCAGGCACAGCGUGCCUUUGAAGACCCUUUUUUGCACACUCUAGUGUCCCUCCUGAUCCUCAACAUGGCCGAUGAAUUCUCCAACGAGUCCUUCUGCACUGUUAUCUUCGAUGAAUUCUUCCUCGCUGGACUUGGCAGGGACAACGUCACCAGGCAUUUACUGAAAUUACUUUGGUACAUUUAUCCUAAACUACCUCCAGCACGAUUGCAUUCGUUGAUGAAAGCACUGCAACCGACGAGUCAACAUAAUGAGGCAGUUCACAGUCUGUACGAGGCACUUCGAGAGAAAGUGGGAAGUAGAACGUCUGAGAAUCUUUCACAAUCAUCACAAAGCAGUAGGAUGAGUAUUGAUGGACCAACUCCACCACUUACAGUUGGGGUUUCAUCUGUACCCGGGGUGUCAUCACCCAAUAUUGCAAGUCCCAUGAGACCACUAAGUUCAUUGUAAAUUUUUGAAUUACUAUUGACAGGAGGUUACGAGCAUUGUGAUUGUACUGUGGUACAGCAUGUGAUUACUAUUAAUAAACAUAUUUUGAAAUAUUUUACGUUAA